AUGAGCGACAUUACCCUUCCCGUCGAGUCACCCUUGACCUCGGCCUCAAAGCUCCUCUCGAGCGUGGUCUCACAACUGGAUACAUCGAAGCCGCCCUCGUCGGAACAAGUGCGCCAACUGCAGCUCGUCUCAUCGCUGCUCUCCGGCAUCGACAAAUACCUUGACAGCGUUUCCUCGCCCGCGCCCGCGGUGCAGCGACCUCUGCUCAAAGCUACAGCGGAACACGACUGGGCAGGAGCGUGGGAGCGCAAGCAGACGCUGUUCCAGCUCUCGGCUGCGUGGUCCGCAGGUGCGUACGAGGGCAACUUUGUCGGACUGCUCACCAAGCUCACGCACGCAAAGAAGGCGCUCGAGAUCGGCAUGUUCACGGGCACUACUACGGUGUGCAUCGCACAGCAGCUGCCCGAAGGAGGCAAAGUGACGGCGCUCGAGAUCGAUCCGUACCUGGAAAACUUCACGCGCCCUCUCUUCGACCAGACUGGAUUGGGCGACAAGAUCGAUGUCAAGGUCGGAAACGCCGUCGACCAUUUGGAGAGCCUCUCGAAGAACAUCCUAAGUGACGAAGAGGCAUACGAUAUCAUCUUUAUCGAUGCCGAUAAGCCCGGUUACAAGAAUUACUUCAACACGAUCCUCGAUAAGGGCCUGCUGAAGCGCAGCGGUUUGUUGGUGGUGGACAACACGCUGUACAAGGGUACGCCGUGGACCGAAGGCUUGGCGAACGAGGCGCUGCUCAAGAUCGGCAAGGAAAAUGCAGAUGCGAUCAAGGAGUUUAACCAAGUGGUCAGGCAGGAUAAGAGGGUCGAGGUAGUGGUGCUGCCUGUCAGAGACGGAGUGAGUCUCAUCAUGCGGAACCAGUAA